AUGCCACCAAAGAAGAAUCAAACAUCUGACAAAAACAAGGCUAAGGCUAAGGCCAAAGCUGCCGAGGAUAAAACCUUUGGUAUGAAGAACAAGAACAAGUCGAAAAGAGUUCAGCAACAAAUCAAUCAAAUGCAAGCUGGUAUAGAUGGAGGUUUGGCAAAGAAAAAAGAGGCAGAAGCCAAGCGGAGAGCAGAAGAGAAGAAGGCCGCCGAAGAAGCCAAAAAGGAAGCCGCAAAGUUGUUUGGUAUCCAACAACAAAAAGUACCCUUUGGAGUUGAUCCAAAAUCCAUAUUAUGUGAGUUCUUUAAACAAGGACUAUGUACAAAGGGUAACAAAUGUAAAUUCAGUCAUGACCCUAAUGUAGGAAGAAAAGAUGCCAAGAAAGAUCUUUACACCGAUGCUCGUGAGGAGAAAGAGGCAGAUACUAUGGACAAUUGGGAUGAAGAAAAGUUGCGGAGUGUUAUUUUAUCGAAGCACGGUAAUCCCAAGACCACCACUGAUAAAGUUUGUAAACACUUUAUUGAAGCUGUGGAGAAUGGAAAGUAUGGUUGGUUUUGGGUUUGUCCAAAUGGUGGUAACGAAUGUAAAUAUAAACAUUCCUUGCCACCGGGUUUCGUUUUGAAGACUAAAGAGCAAAAGAAGUUGGAGAAACUUGCUGCAGAGAAUGAACCAAAAAUAUCUUUGGAAGAGUUUUUGGAGUUGGAAAGAAGCAAGUUGGACAAGAGAUCAUUUACUCCAAUAACGGCAGAGUCGUUUAGACAAUGGAAGAUUGGACAAAGAUCGAAGCGAGAUAACCAGAGGAAAGAAGCAGAAAAGAAGGGUAAAAGACCAUUAACUGGAAGAGAAGUUAUUUUGGAGAAAUUCUCUGACAAAUAUUAUACAGAGGAAGAUGACGGAAAUGGUGAAUCUUGGGACUUGUCUCAAUUCAAACCACAGCAAUCAGAUGAUGGUAAUGAAAACAUCAAGGAUUACGGUGAUGGAAGCAAUGCUAUGGAAUAUUAUCAAGAAGGAAAUGAUAGUGAAAAAAAUGGCACUGCAAACAACAGCGUUGAAGAAACCGUGCAGAGUCUAGAAGGGAAAAUCAAAAACGAAAAGUUUAUGUGUGAUAGUAAUGAAAAGCAGGCAGAGCAAACAGAGCAAACAGAGCAAACAGAGCAAACAGGAGCUGAUAAUGUUGAGAAUGCUACUGUGGACACUGCCGCAAAAGUAAAUAAUGGCAAUCUAGCGGCUGCUGAUUCGUAA